GAUUAGUUCGUUCAAGAUGGCGGUGCCCGGUGAGUUGUCUCUCGAGGAGAUCCGCAAUUAUUUGCUGGAAAACGGUGGCACGGCACGCAAUCACGAUUUGGUGAAGCAUUUCAAGCGAUUUCUGACGGACCCGGAGACGCGAGUGGAAGCGAGGAAUCGGUUCAAGGAGUAUGUCAACACCCUGGCCACCAUAAAAAACGAGGAGGGUGAUAAGUACCUGGUCCUCAAGAAGAAAUAUCGGCAACCUUUCCUAGACUUUUCACCCCCUCAGUCAGUAGGAUCUCCUCUUGCCUCUCCCGAUCUAGCUACUCCGGUUUCUCCUCUGCGGGAGCCUCCGCCUUACCGGCCGCCACCCCCCGCGCCCCUCAGUCCGUCGUCGAACAGUUCUCACGCGAGUCUCGAGGAGUCUGCGAUGCCAAUCUCGGGUCGCGAAAACGACCAGAAAAACGAUAAUCCGGAUACGUCCAGCCCGUCGGUACCACCUGUUCCACCGCGACGCAAAAGUCAGGACAAACUUAAGCUGGAGAACAAGGAAAAUGUUGACAAGAAUAAGAGUGGCUUCUCGGAAACCGUCAUAAAGGAGGAUGAAACAACAACGACGACAAAUCCCACCUCGGCUGAGCAGCUCAGCGUUCGCGAGCGGAUGCAACGUUUCAACCGGAUGGCCAGCGAAACCGAUCUUCCUGCCAGGCCUAAUGACACGACUACCUCCGCUAGGAAACGAGCCGAUAAGGGCGCCGACGAGGAUGACAGCGCUUCCGUUGCCUCGCAACUGGAUGGAAAAUCGCGGGAGUGGUUGGUCAGGGCGGCGCAGGGGGACUACCAGGCGCUGGCGAAACUCGCGGCCGAGGAACCUCGUCUUACCAGGCUCAAGGAUCCGACUUCCGGCUAUACGGCUUUACACUGGGGCGCCAAACACGGCGAGGAGAACAUCAUUAAAUUAAUAGCGGGCACCUACAGGGACUACAACAAGAGUAUCAACGAGACCACGAAUGGGGGCUAUACACCGUUGCAUAUCGCCAUGCAAUUCGGCCAUGAGAAUAUAUUCAAUCUUUUGGUUCAAGUGUACGGCGCGAAUCAGGACAUACGUGACUAUAGCGGUAGGAAGGCCAGGCAAUAUUUGGUCUCGCAGGAGGCAGCAGUCAGCCAGGACACGUUCCACAAAAUAAAAGCAAGGAAAAAGCAUGCAGAGAAAGAUCUUGGUUUCCUACGAAUUGGCUCGUUGAACGUUCGCGUGAAACGUACGACGGAAGCCUUCAGUCAGUUCCUGGGUGUGGCAACCAGCAGUACGACUAGCAGCAACAACGAGAAGAUUCACAAGUCGUGGGGAUCCGCGGAUAACGUUCAGCUGGACCAGAAGCUGAUGCCACCGCCAAAAUACGCACCUAUUAAAAAACGCAAGAGCAGGCGGCCGCAAGACUUCGGCUCGUCGCAGGAGCGGCAGCAGGCUACCAGUCAGCCGACCACCCCGUUACUGCAGGGCAAGGUCAGCCGACCGAACCGGGCUAUCCAGCGUCGACCGACGUCCACGACAUCCGUCAGUUCCAUCACCGCGUCCAACAACGUCCAGCAAAAUGACUCGGACUCGGAUACGGCGUGUGGCUUCGACUCUGCCUGGCGAGGAUCCGCGCAACUGUAAUUCGUCGUCAUCGUGAUUAUUCGUACGCACAAGGUUGAGAAAGAAGCUUCAAGAAGUUUUUAGAAGGAACUAGCAAUACCUUUUGGCAAUUUUUUUCGCGUUGCAACGUCUACGCGAAUGAUAUUAACGAUUUUUAUAAAUAUGACGAUAAACAUUUUUUGAUUUUUCUUCAUUUUGGACCGUUCUCUCUUCUGAUUAUUGUUUUGUCAUAUUCAAUUAUUAUAUUAUAUGAUAUAAUAUGCUUCUAAUAUAGAGAUAUUGUGCGGAUCCGUUAUAGAUGUAGUUUAUUUAUCAUAAUUUCAUCAGUGAUAUUUAUUUAAUUCAUGUCUUCUUCAAUAAGUUUAUUAAGUUAUGUGUAUUUUUAUAUUUAAGUGGAUGAUUUGCAAUGAUAAUUCUUGCGACGUUAAGCGUAGUAUCGGUAUUCUUCCUUAUUUUUAAACUGAAUUAUAUAUAAGAAUUUGAUUUAAAAUAUAUUUUAUAUACAUAUAAAUACAUCUCAUGUAUUUAUAUCUAUGUAUAAAAUAUAUUUUUUAUAAUUAUAUAUUGCAUAUGUAUAUUCGCGCGCGCAUGCGCAAAGCUUAACUUAAAAAAGAAGGAAAUACUUGAUAUAUUUGAAUACGCUUAUCUAUUGUAAAAUAUAAAUCGGGAAAAUAAAUUUAAAAUUAAUGGAGCAAAUCUUUUGUACUUUAUCUUGAGAUAUGCAGUUUCUAAGCCUACGUUUCUUUGCCUUCACAUUUUUAUACCAUAAUAUACGAUAUAUUGUUUAGCAUUUUCUAAACCAAAUUUUUGCAACAAUGCCUAAUUUAUUAUAUGAUAAUUAAUGCAAACUAAUUUAUUAUAUCAAGAAAAAAAUUUUUCAAUGUAUAUUUAUCAAUAAGAAGUGUUAAUAAUUAUAUCGCAAUUAAGCAUACAGGA